AUGGGUUCCGAGGAAGUUAAAAAAGCGCGAAAUUCAGGAAAGCGUAUGUGCAAAAAGGUACUGAAAAUUGCAUUUUCACAUCUUGGAUUGUGCUUUCUGGUUGUGCUGUAUUGCCUUUUAGGCGCGGCGUUGUUUGAGCUGCUAGAAAGAGAGAAUGAAAUCUCGAUAUGCAUUGAUGGGCGAAAAGAAUAUGAUGACAUGGAAAACAAGACACUGUUCAGCAUACUGGAUGUUAUCCUGAACAAUCCCGUCAACUCAUUGGCGGGAGACGCCCAACUAAUCGGAGUGUUCGAGGCGUUCCGCAACAACUCCUUAGCCAUAGGCUACGACGGUAGCUGGUGUGAGGGCUUCGACAAGGUAGAUGGGCCUAUGCAUGAGUGGACCUUCGCGGGCUCCCUGUUCUUUGCUAUGACAAUUGUGACCACGAUCGGUUACGGUCACAUCGCACCGAAGACGGCAUGGGGCCGCAUCAUGAGCAUAUCCUAUGCCAUGAUCGGCAUCCCGCUGAUGCUGCUCUUCCUCACGAACAUCGGCGGUCGCGCUUGCGGACAUAUUCCGAGGGACGAUGAGGAGACCAACCGGAGGAAGCCGCUGAUGCAGAUUGCCAGCAAAAAUGAGGACGGGAAUGAUGGGGUCCCUGGUGGCAUUAAGGCACUGAACGGCGCCAGCAUCGCACAAAGGGGAGUCAAACUGCGCGUGUCGCCGACCCAGUCCAACGAACCGCUCAUCAUCGACGAAGACAACGACGAAGAAGAUGAGGAGGAGAGAAGAUGGGACGAGAUAAGUAAGGUGUCCAUCCCGCUCACGGUAAGUCUCGCGAUCAUUGGCCUCUACAUGGUUUUCGGCGCCUUGCUCUUCAAGUACUGGGAGGGAUGGGACAUGCUGCAGUCGGCGUACUUUUGCUUUAUCACGCUGUCCACGAUUGGCUUUGGUGACGUCACGCCGAGCAGGGAUUUCAGCGAUCCCUUGACGAAUUUUCGGCUGGUCGUCUGCUACAUGUACACCACGUUCGGAAUGGCGAUUAUGUCGAUGUGCUUCACGCUCAUGCAGGAAGAAAUAACGGAGAAAUUCAAGUGGAUCGGCAGGAAAAUGGGCGUCGUCGAUGAGGAUGAACCGGAAAUGGAAAGGGAAGAAAAUGCGCAUGGCAACCAUUCCGAAUGUUAA